AAAGUAUUUCAAAGAAUAAGAAAUAAGUUUCAUCAAAACAUCCAGAAAGAAGAAAAUCAUCAAAAAGUACAUAAGCAAGAAACGUCAUUGAAAAAAAAAAAAACAAAAACAAAAUUAUCCUUUUCAAAAAGAGGAAAAAGACAAAUAAAUCAAUUAAACUAACGGAGAGGAACUAGAAGAGAAGAAAAAAUGGAACCAUAUUCAGAAGCAGUGUUGUGGCUUGUUAUUAUAGGAUUUAUUAUUGCCUUCAUAUUGGCAUUUGGCAUUGGAGCAAAUGACGUCGCAAACUCCUUUGGAACGAGUGUCGGAUCUGGUGUUUUAACAAUAAAACAGGCAUGCUGGCUAGCAACUUUCUGUGAAGUUGCUGGUGCCAUACUAAUCGGAUAUAAAGUUAGCGAGACCCUAAGAAAAGGCAUAUUAGAUGUGACUGUUUAUAAGAGUGGACCUGACGAUGAACCAGACUUUAAAGAAAAGGAAUUGAUGAUUGGAUUGUUAUCAGCUUUAGGCAGCAGUGCUGUUUGGCUACUUGUUGCUACUUUCCUUAAACUCCCCAUUUCGGGUACGCACAGUAUUGUCGGAUCAACUAUCGGUUUUAGUUUAGUCGCUCGAGGAACUGAAGGAUUAAAUCUCAAAAAAUUGGGAACAAUUAUCGCAUCAUGGUUUAUAUCACCAGUAAUGAGUGGAUUAAUGAGUGUCGGACUUUAUAUGCUGAUUAAUCGUUUUAUAUUAAAAACAAGAAAUCCACUAAAAGCUGGCUUAUGGUCUCUACCCGUUUUCUAUGGUGUGACUUUGUUUGUUAACUUAUUCAGCAUUAUUCACGACGGCCCAGAAUUGCUAUAUUUAGAUGGAAUUCCUACAUGGUUGGCGAUUACUAUUAGUUUGUCAGCUUCUAUUGUUGUUGCCAUUUUAGUACAAUUGUUUGUUGUCCCGGCACAAAGGAAGAAAAUUCUCGAGGAAGCAAAUCAACCCGUUAAAUUUAUAUUUGGUGAUUCUGAUGCUGAUGAAUCAUCAGCCAAUAGCAGUCCGAAAAGAACAAAACGUCCAUUAUCACUCGUUUAUGAUGCAAAUGCAUUGCCAGCAAUAACUGAAUCGACUGAAUUACAAUCCCUCAACGGUCAACCUAUAACAACACCAAAUGGAAAUACAAAACCAUUUGAUUACUAUCGUGUCGCUCAAUGGAAUGGAUCUGUUACAGUACCUGCAUUUGAUGGAAAAUCUCACAAGUUUGAUCCAAAAUUGAUGAAGAAGGCUGAAAAUUUACUUGGUAAUGUAAAACCUAAUAAUGUGAUUCUUACAACAAGUCUUGAUAACACUGACUUAACAAUCACGAGCUUAAGUUAUAUUGAUGAAUAUCAAAAUACAGUUAAUGGAAGGAAUCUACAAAAUCUCUAUGUUAAAUCUCCAGAUUCUGAAAAGAGAAGCAAUCAUUUAUCUCCACCACCAAUAAUGAUAAAUAACCCAUCACCACCAGAAUCGGAAAACAACGACGAGAGUAGAAAUGAUUCUGCAAAUGACUUAACACUACCGCCUAACAUAAUUCUGAAUACUGGCACUAAUGAUCUUAUAGCAUCGACAAUAAACAACAAGAUUUCAACAACGACGGUUAAACCAAAGUGCUUUGACAAUGUCGAAAGUGCAUUAAGUCUUGAUGGUAUGAAUAAUACAUGUGUUAGUGCCAAUAUAUCUGCCAACUCAAGUAAAGUACCAUUAAUCAGUCACGCAAAUAAUUCGACAAAAGCUCAAAUCAAUGAGGAUGAAAAUGUAAGCAAACUUUUCUCCUUCCUCCAAAUUUUGACUGCAACAUUCGGAUCAUUUGCUCAUGGCGGUAAUGAUGUUAGCAAUGCAAUCGGACCUUUAAUAGCACUAUGGAUGAUUUACUCUGAAGGAAGUGUUGAUCAAAAGAGCCAAACACCAAUGAGUAUUUUAUUAUUCGGUGGUAUCGGAAUAUCUGUUGGUUUAUGGCUUUGGGGACGUCGAGUAAUUGAAACUGUCGGAACGGAUUUAACAAAAAUUACGCCUACAACUGGUUUUACAAUUGAAAUCGGCGCAGCAAUGACGGUACUUUUGGCUAGCAAAAUCGGUCUACCUAUAUCAACGACGCACUGUAAAGUCGGAUCUGUCGUAUUUGUUGGAUAUUCAAGAUCACAAGCUCAUCCGAUAACAGGAAAGAAAGAGAAUGCUGUUGAUUGGCAUCUUUUUAGAUCGAUUGUAUAUGCAUGGGUAGUAACAGUGCCCGUUGCUGCCUUCCUCAGUGCUAUGUUUAUGUAUAUCUCAAUGUAUUUGAUAUUGUAA